UGAAGUUUGCAAAAUCGAAUUCUCGAUUCAUGGAUUUUGUGACUGACAAUCUAAUAUUUUGACUGAGUUAUACGUUUUGCAUGACUGCCAUGAGCUCGGCGGGGCUGGCCUUGCCCACGAGGGCGUCGCGGAUGGCUCGGUACUGCUUGUUCUUCGGGUCCAGUUCCACGGCGCGCUCGAUGCUUUGCACCGCGCGCUCCAUGAACGAUUCAUCGGGGGUCUUCUCGUACUUUUCAGCGUACAUGAGCCCAAUGUUAAAGUACGCGAGUUCGUUGGUCGGGUCCAGUGUCGCGGCCGCCUCAAAGUGUUCCAGGGCCAGCACCUGCUUUUCCCGCAGUUUGUUGGCCUUGUACAUGGACCCAAGGUUGGCGUGGGCGAGGGACAUCUGGGACUGGGUGGCUUCAGGGUCGUUCUCGACGAGGAUCAAAUACCGCUCAAAGCUCGAAAUGGCAUCGUUGCUCAGUGCAAACUUGCGCUGGUUGUUCACUUGGUCCUGGGCAUGCUGCGACAAGGCAAACCCCAAAUGGUAGUAGAAUUCGGACGACGUUGGGUCGAGCUCAGUGGCCUUUCGCCAGCUGUUUGCAGCUUGUUGCCAUUGCAUCAUGACAUUCAACGCAUUGCCCAUCAGAGCGUGGGCAAACACCAUGUCCGGAUCAAUUUGGAUCGCCUUUUCACACUCCUCGAGCACCAGAGGCCAUUUCUGGGCCUCGAAAUGACCCAGGGCCUUUUGCAAAUGCUUCACAGCAUGGCGCUGGACGUCCGAGAACUUUGGCGUGGCGACUUCGCUCGGUCGAUUUGCCUUGUCCGCGGAAUGCACUGUUGACGUUGUCCUGUCGACCUUGGCACCGACCACAAGUUGACUCGACCUUUCGGACGACAUCAGCGCCGCAAGAACGACCAACACUGGAAUGAAGAACCCAAGCGUGUACAUAAGGAUCGAGUGCUGGCGAGACGACUUUGGUUGCUUCUUGGGUACUGACCUGCCCAUCCAAUGCAAAGUGGGUUGGAUCCCCCCAUUUC